GGAGCCCCGGCUGGGCAAGGGAGCCAGCGCAGGCGCAGCAGGAAGCGCCCCGGGCCCCGGCCCGCCGAGCUCAGGGAGCAGUGUCUGGGAGGGACAGGGUGGCGCCGGGCCAAGACUGCCCGCACAGCUCACCUUGUCCUGGACCUGGGAGGGGCGAGGCACAGCCCGUGGGACUUCGGAUGCCCCGCCCGCCCCCUCCCUGGUACGGGCCGAGAGAACGGCAGCAUGAGAGCCGGUGCCGUCCCUCACGGCCGGUGGACGCGUGGCGAGCCGCGGCCGCCGCUCGUGGGCGCUGCAUGGGGACCCCGGGGGCCCAGCGACGCGCACAGCGCGGAGCCUGGGGACUACCCCGGCGCGCCUCUGCGCUGGCCGCAGCGGGGUUGCUAUGCACGGCGUUGACCGCUUGCAUCUGCUGGGGACAGCUGCCGCUGCUGCCCUGGGCGUCCCCAGCUCCGGCACGCCCGGUGGGCGUGCUGCUCUGGUGGGAACCCUUUGGGGGGCGCGGCGGCUACCCCAAGCCUCCCCCUGAUUGCAGCCUGCGAUUCAACAUCAGUGGCUGCCGCUUGCUCACCGACCGCGCGGCCUACGGGGAGGCUCAGGCAGUGCUGUUCCACCACCGCGACCUUGUGAAGGGACCCCCUGACUGGCCCCCGCCCUGGGACGCCCAAGUACGGACCGAUGAGGCGCUGGAGUUACGCGUGUUCGAUGACCAGGAGGGAGCAGUGAUACUAGCUGGCGAAGCUCUGGAGACUGCAGGCUCUAGACCCCCGGGUCAGCGCUGGGUGUGGAUGAACUUCGAAUCGCCCUCCCACACCCCUGGGCUGCGCGGCUUGGCGAAGGACCUCUUCAAUUGGACACUGUCCUACCGGAUCGACUCGGAUAUCUUCGUGCCCUAUGGCUUCCUCCAUCCCAGGAGACAUCCAGCUGACCAGCCGCCGGGCCUGGGUCCCCCGCUGGCCCGCAAGCGGGGACUGGUGGCCUGGGUCGUGAGCCACUGGAACGAGCGCCAGGCACGGGUCCGUUACUACCGCCAGCUGAGUCAGCACGUCUCUGUGGACGUGUUUGGCCGGGCAGGACCCGGGAAGCCAUUGCCAGCCAGCGGGCUGCUGCACACUGUGGCCCGCUACAAGUUUUACCUGGCCUUUGAGAACUCACAGCACGUGGAUUAUAUCACGGAGAAACUGUGGCGGAAUGCCUUCCUGGCCGGGGCUGUGCCAGUGGUGCUAGGUCCGGACCGUGCCAACUAUGAGCGCUUCGUGCCUCGUGGUGCCUUCAUUCACGUGGACGACUUCCCUAGCGCUGCCUCCCUUGCUGCCUACCUCCUCUUUCUCGACCGAAAUGUGGCUGUCUAUCGCCGCUACUUCCAUUGGCGCCGGAGCUAUGCGGUGCACAUCACCUCUUUCUGGGAUGAGCCAUGGUGCCGGACAUGCCAAGCUGUGCAGAUCUCUGGGGACCAGCACAAGAGCAUCCGAAACUUGGCAGGCUGGUUCGAGCGAUGAGGCCAUUCUGCUGUGAAUUGACUACAUCACGUUGGCUGAGUUUUCUAAACACCCAAUUUUGCUUGAUGGGAAAAAGAUGAGUUACCAAUUAAUAUUAUUUGGCACAAGAAUGGGAAAGUCCGAGGCCCUCGUGGCUUUUUUUUUUUUUUUUUUAAACAGAGAGCUGCUCUGGCU